CCAGGAGAACUUGUACGGAGAUCACUCCCAGAAGACCGUCGACUGCCUCAGCGGCAAGACCGCGUUGAAGAAGCUGAAGAUCAACUUCGGUUGGCAGGUCUUGUCGGUGGAGAACUUGGAAACGGCCAUCGCCGACUUGCACGAGGAGCUUCGGGUGCCAGGAGUGCAAAAGAAGAAGUGGUACCUGGACGAACUGAUGGAUUGGCUUCCCACCGACACCAAUAGUUUGGCCUUGCGGCUGCAUUACGUGGCCCGCGCCAGUCCGCCUGAAGAUGAGCGGACACUGAAGACGCAGCACGUGGCACCUGGUACCUGGUACUACGAGGUGCCGCAGGGCAGCGGAAAUGAGUUGUGGUUAAGCGCCCGACAAAGGGCGGUGGAGAUGCUGCACGGCAUCGAAGAGACAGAUCUGAUGAAGGUUCAGAUCCCGCUCCGCACCAGCCGGGGCACCGCAGGAUGCCUCAAUUUUGCGGCGAACUACUUUUUCCAGUACUCUUCGCGGAUGGAGAACCUCUAUGGCGACUCGAGAGAUACGGCGCCGGCGUUGCUGAGCGUGUGCGACGCGCGCCAUCAGUUUCAAACCGACUUUUUCCACACCACGGUGCCGUACUUCUUCGACUACUACGGAGAUCUCAACCCCAACGUGGGACUCGCACAGUGCCCCAAGUACUUUCCGCACGUACAGGACCGGGCAGACUAUUUAGACAACAACGACGCCCAGUUCUUCCGGCUCAACUGCAUGAUCCACAACUGCUGUGGCGGCGUCAGUGGCCAUGGCACCAACAGCACUUGGAAGAUCCAUCGAGGCCCUGACAGCUUAGUUUGGGAAUUGGCCAAGCAGCGCGUCCGAGAUCGAAACACCAUGCGCAAGCACAAGGAGUACAUCGAGACCAGGACCUUCCCAGAGAACUGCGCCGCGGAGGACACCGCGGGCAGUCUCAAGCAGAUGGUGAGAGGGAAACGCUCACACUUCAUUAGCCGACGCCUGUCCUAUGGUGUUGCCAAGACGCCUGCGGAGCACUUAGUCUCGGUGCAGAAGAGCAUCCAGGCUCACUUCGUGCUUUCACUGCAGAGCUUCUUCCGGUGUACCACGGGCUUCACGAGCCUGUGGGCGACGUUCCUGGCCUUCUGCCUCUUCGUCGCCUCCCUCUUCAUCUUGCUCACCAAGACGGAUCUCAAGUGGCAGGUGGUCGAAUGGGGCUGGGUGGGCGAGGACGUCUACGACACCGUGAUGUCGCCGGCGAGGUCGUGGAGUGAAGAGGUGGCCCAAGUCUUGAACCGUUCGCUCUUUGAGUGUGACCAAGACCUUUUAGAAGGCUUCAUCCUCAUCACCUUGCAAAUCGCUGUCUGGGUAGCAACCCUGGCCUUGGUGCUCUUUGUGAUCUCCAUCAUCACAGAGACCUGCAAGUUCGUGCAGCGAAUUUGCCUCGGCUUCGGCUCGAUCUGGCCGGAUGAGAUGCGCUGGUGGGGCCGUUUGCUGAUCUUGGUUUGCAACCUCACGCACUUCUUGUGGGCUUGGAUGCCACUCUUUUGGAUCGGUUUUAACCUCUACAACGUCUUUGAUAGCCGAGAGUUUCAUUACUCACCCAUCGGGAUGUUCAUCUUCACGCUGAUCCUCCAGGUCCUGAACUGGGGCAUGAUCGGCGCCAGCUGCAUGCGACACUCUUUGGAGGCCUCCAUGGAGGCCAAUGAGGUGGUGAUGCUGACCAUCGACAACAUUUGGCGCUCCACGCAACGCUACUACAUCACAGCACCGUUGACGGUUUAUUCCAUGAUGGAAGGGAUGCAGGACUACAUCUGCUUCCACUGCUACGGUCAAGACAUCACCUACAAUGACCGCAACGGCAAGAUCGCGGUCUACUUGGUCAAGUACUGGACCCUGCUGCUCGAGAUCUUCGCGGUGGUCGCUUGGGUCUAUUUCUGUGGGACCGGUCACCUGGAUGAAGGCGGCUUGACCUCGCUGAUCAUCAUUACCGUCAUCGCGCUGGACGUCUUGCAUCCCUGCGCCUACCUGUGGGUCGGAGAGACCACGAUGACGCAGGAGCUGGCGUCCUCGAUGUCCUGGUACCAGGCCUUCACCACGCUGGGUUGGUGGGAGUUGUUGCUCCACGACUUGAUUCUGAAUGAUUUCGUCACCGGCUUCCUGAAGUGGCUGGGUCCUGCUUGGAUGAUCGCCAUGCCCUUGUUGACUCUGAUCUUCCCUUACCUCGGUGUGAACCAGGCCUUUAUGCUGGUGGCCACGGUCCAUAACCGCUGACGGCUCCGGCUAGCUUGGGCUGAGGAACUGUCAGGAUAGAUUGACUCAGACCUGCUC